AUGUCAGAGUCAAAGCAUCUGUCUGCGAGGCUCAACUUUCUCCACAAGGCGGCACACUCGCUGGCUCUAUCUUCGCCCGAGACGUCUUCUUUCCUGCAAUCGCAGUAUGGCCUUCUCCUCGCCGAGAACGCACGGAGACGAGAAGUCUGCAACGCAUGUGGCAUCAUCUUCAUCCCUGGCUGGUCCAGUCACGUCAGUCAGGAGACUUCCAAGUCACGGAAGAAGACCAAGGUGUCCAAAGCUUCGGACAACGCUGCUCCGAAAAUGACCAUUUACACGUGCCUCCGGUGCCAUAGCAAAACGCCGUUCCAAGCCCCUCCAGCCAAGGAGCGGCUAAAGGCACGGAAGCUCCCGCACGCCCUAAAGGAAGAAUCACUACCAUCGUCGUCAUCUGCAAGCGGCGUGACUGCACCAGCAGCUCAGCAGCAGCAGCAGCAGCAGCAGCAGCAGCAGCCGCCGCCGCCCGUCGCAACCUCAGCAAACGCCAGCAGCAAAAAACGAGCCAAAACACGCAAGCAGGGCGGCCUGGCUGCCAUGCUCGCAAGCAGCAAGAAACCCGAGUCCAAGGGCUUCGGACUCGACCUCAUGGACUUUAUGCAAGGCCCGUGA